CCCUUCCAGUCCGGACACUUUCACCCCCUUCCAGUCCGGACACUUUCACCCCCCUUCCAGUCUGGACACUUUCCCCCCCUUCCAGUCCGGACACUUUCACCCCCCUUCCAGUCCGGACACUUUCACCCCCCUUCCAGUCUGGACACUUUCACCCCCUUCCAUUCCGGACACUUUCACCCCCUUCCAGUCCGGACACUUUCACCCCCUUCCAGUCCGGACACUUUCACCCCCUUCCUGUCCAGGCCAAUUUUCAGCUUUCAGCGCAAUCACACUUUGAAUGAAUUGCUCGGUCAUGCAACACUGUACCCAUAUGAAAUUUUUAUCAUUUUUUUG